AUGGAGGCGCUGGCGAUGCUGGCGGCGGGGGCGGCGCUCUUGAUGGGGCUUUACGCGCUGCUCUACUACAACUCCGCGGCGGCCACCCGGUGUCGGAACGCGGUCAGCCUGCGGGGCAAGACGGUUCUCAUCACAGGUGGAAAUUCCGGUGUCGGGAAGGCCACAGCAGUGGAUCUGGCCCGGAGAGGCGCCCGUGUCAUUCUGGCAUGCCGCGACAAAGCAAGAGGAGAAUCAGCUGUGAGCGACAUCAGACGGGAAAGUGGGAACUCGGAGGUGAUCCUGAUGAUCCUGGAUCUGGCCAGCCUCAACUCCGUGCGAGCUUUCGCAGAGACCUUCUUAAAAUUGGAGCCCCGUCUGGACAUCCUCAUCAACAAUGCCGGGGUCAUGAAGGCUGGUCAUACCACUGAUGGCUUUGAUGAGGCCUUCCAGGUCAACCACCUGGCCCACUUCCUCCUGACCCACCUGCUCCUGGACCGGCUGAAGCGCUGUGCCCCGAGCCGGGUCAUAAUCUUGGCCUCGAUUAUGCAUUGCAUUGGGAAGAUCGACUUUCGGACCAUCCACAAGCCGGGAGAGGGGUUGUGGCAGGUCAUAAAUUCGUACCACAACAGCAAACUAGCCAACAUUCUCCACACACGAGAGUUGGCCAACCGGCUGGAAGGAACCAACGUCACCUGCUAUGCAGUUCAUCCAGGAUUUGUUCACACCGAAAUGACUCGCUUCUAUCCCCCUUGGAUGAUUUGGAUCCUCAAGCCGUUCCUCCAAGAUAGCAACACUGGGGCCCAGACCACCAUCUACUGCGCCACCGAGGAGGGCAUCGAGAGGCUGAGUGGGCAGUAUUUCGAGGACUGCCAGCCGAAGGUGCCCUGGCCACAAGCCCGCGAUGACCAGAUGGCUGAGAUAUUCUGGGAAUUCUGCGAGAUGCUGCUGGGACUGACCACUCCACACAGGAAGGGACAGAGACAGAGUUUGGGGUAA